GCAAAUUACUUACCUGGACGGGGUCAACUCGUGAUCAAGAAGACGAGUGGCCUAGGCUAGUGAAUUCCAUUGCACAUAACGGAAGGGUGCUUAGCUUAAGGUCUUCCCUUGUGGAAGAGCCUGCGUCAUUAUUUGUGGCAGAGGGGGUUUGCGUUCGCGCAGCCCCUACCAUUCCCAGUAGUUCAAUCUUUUGUUCAUGAAUACCCAUGGCCUAGGCUAGUGGCUUCCUGCACUUGAGGUGCGCUAAGCCUAAGGUUUCCCCAAAUGGCCAAGUGGGAGAUCCUGCGUCAUUAUUUGUUGCCUUGGGGGGCUGCGUUCGCGCGGCCCAUUCCAUCCGCAAUAGUUCAAUCUUUUUAGCUCUCUGGUAACUGUUAUAACAUCUGAGGUCUUUCUUUAAUUGUUCACGUUUUUGGUGGAGCUAUUUUAUUGAAGGUUGUUAAUUUGACUUUGGAGAUGCAAUCUUCUAAUCAAAUCUCCACGUGAGAAGCGAGGAUUCUCUCCUCGUCAUUAUUUAUCCUUCCCAAUUAGAGUAAUCACACUUUUCUGUCACAUAUGAAUUAUUAAAAUCAGAACUUAAGCGAAAUCCUUCGACCACUAAAGAAGAAAAUCCCUAACAAAUCUCAGAGUUUGUGUUAAUUUCUUCUUUCCUUACAUCUUUUCCAGAAGAAAAAAAGCUGAAAGAUGUGGUUUUUUGGAUCGAAAGGAGCAUCUGGAUUCUCUUCUCGUUCCACAGCAGAGGAAGUCACACAUGGUGUUGAUGGGACUGGUCUCACUGCCAUUGUCACAGGAGCAUCAAGUGGUAUAGGUGUAGAAACAGCUCGUGUUCUUGCACUGCGUGGUGUGCAUGUGGUUAUGGCGGUGAGAAACACUGGCGCCGGUGCUAAAGUUAAGGAAGAUAUUGUCAAGCAAGUCCCUGGAGCUAAAGUUGAUGUCAUGGAGUUAGAACUCAGCUCAAUGGAAUCUGUCAGGAAAUUUGCAUCUGAGUACAAAUCUGCUGGUCUUCCACUCAACCUCUUGAUCAACAAUGCCGGGAUUAUGGCAUGUCCUUUUAUGCUCUCUAAGGACAACAUCGAGCUGCAAUUCGCAACCAACCAUUUAGGACAUUUUCUGCUUACCAAACUUCUGUUAGAUACAAUGAAGAACACAUCACGUGAAAGCAAAAGAGAAGGAAGGAUUGUUAACGUAUCAUCAGAAGCUCAUCGUUACUCGUACCCAGAAGGAGUCCGCUUUGAUAAGAUCAACGACGAGUCAAGUUACAGUAGUAUACGUGCUUAUGGACAAUCUAAACUCUGCAAUGUAUUGCACGCCAACGAGCUUGCAAAGCAACUGAAGGAAGAUGGAGUCAAUAUAACAGCAAAUUCACUUCAUCCAGGAGCCAUUAUGACAAAUCUAUGGGGCUACUUCAACUCCUAUUUGGCUGGAGCUGUUGGUGCAGUGGCUAAAUAUAUGGUCAAGUCUGUUCCGCAGGGGGCGGCAACAACUUGCUAUGUGGCAUUGAAUCCACAGGUUGCAGGAGUUACAGGGGAAUACUUCUCAGAUAGCAACAUUGCUAAACCAAUAGAACUUGUCAAAGAUACAGAAUUGGCGAAGAAGCUUUGGGAUUUCAGCACUAAGCUUACUGAUUCGCAAUGAUGAUUACCGUUGCAGUAGAUAGUUGUUCAGGGAACCUUUACUUUCGAUGUCUCUAUUGUGACAAUACUUAUUUCAGUCUUUAUUGAUACAAAAUAAAAUGUAAAAAACAAAUCUGAAAUCAUUUCCAUUUCAAUUCUGCAAAAAGAUGGUUUAUCC